UGCCGGGCACCAGUGGACGCCACCACGGCCAGCCUUCAGAGACGGCUCGGGGUCAGCGGCCCUUUUGCCUCUUACCAGACUUCUUUGAAUGUUAAAUUGCCACAUAAUAUGGUGUCAAGAAAUAAUUUGGAGGCAUCUACUUGUAAAAUGACAGAGCCAUUUAAUUUUGAAAAAAAUGAAAACAAGCUUCCACCAUGUGAUUCUUUAAGAAGUCCUGGAGCACAUGCUAACCACCCUAAUUUCCGGUUGAAAAGCCCAGAGAAUGGAAAUAAAAAGAACAAUUUUUUGCUGUGUGAGCAAACCAAACAGUAUUUGGCUAGUCAGGAAGACAAUUCAGUAUCUUCAAACCCUAACAGCAUCAAUGGAGAGGUGGUUGGAUCCAAAGGAGACAGGAGGAUGUUGUCAACAGGAAACUCAGUGUCACCAUUAAAUGCUGGAAACAGUUCACGACUCAAAGAAGUAAAUAGUAAGCCUAGCAAUAACGUGCCUCCUGCAAAGUCAAAAAAAAUACACAAGUUGGUUGAGAAUUCCUUGUCCAUAAAUAAUUCAGCACUCUUCAACUCCUUAGGACCUCCUUUUCGGUCAACAACUUGCCAUCGCUGUGGCCUGUUUGGAUCGCUGAGGUGUUCACAGUGCAAGCAGACAUACUAUUGCUCCAUAGCAUGCCAGAGAAGGGACUGGUCAGCACACAGCAUCGUGUGCAAACCUGUUCAACAAAAUUUCCACAAAUGUGAAGAUAGUAAAUCACCUUUUGAAACAAAGAACAUGCAAGUGAAAAAUGAGGGUGACUAUCCUCUUGGAGUUACUAAAGAAAUAGCCAUUUGUGCUGAUAAAAUAAUGUUUUCUGAUUUGAGAAGUCUACAACUCAGGAAAACCAUGGAAAUAAAGGGUACAGUUACUGAAUUCAAACACCCAAAUGACUUUUACGUGCAGUUAUGUUCUUCAGAAGUUUUAGAAUACAUGAACCAACUCUCUGCGACUUUAAAGGAAACCUAUGCAAAUACAGCUCAGGAGGAGGAUUACAUUCCUGUUAAGGGGGAAGUUUGUGUUGCCAAGUACACUGUUGAUCAGACCUGGAACAGAGUAAUAAUACAAGAUAUUGAUAUGCUGCAGAAGAAGGCACAAGUCUUAUAUAUUGAUUAUGGAAAUGAAGAAAUAAUUCCAGUAAACAGAAUUCACCAACUAAAUAGAAACAUUGACUUAUUUCCUCCAUGUGCCAUAAAGUGCUUUGUGGCCAAUGUUAUCCCAGCAGAGGGGAAUUGGAGCAAUGAAUGUGUCAAAACUAUUAAAUCACUGUUAAUGGAGCAGUACUGCUCUAUAAAGAUUGUCAACAUCUUAGAAGAAGAAGUGGUUACCUUUGCUGUGGAUGUUAUGCUGCCAGGUUCAGGAAAAUUCUUAGAUGAUGUGCUCAUAGAAAUGGGAUAUGGCUUGAAACCCAAGGGACAAAAUUCUAAGAAGCAAAGUGCAGAUCCAAAUGAUCUUGAGGAUGUUGGAAAAAUGACAGCUGAAAACAAAGUUGUUGUGGAUAGAAGUGAUUUAAUCCCGAAAGUGUUAACUUUGAAUGUAGGCGAUGAGUUUUGUGGUGUGGUUGCCCACAUUCAGACUCCAGAAGACUUCUUUUGUCAACAGCUGCAAAGCGGACAUAAGCUCGCUGAACUUCAGGCAUCUCUCAGCGAGUACUGUGGUCAAGUGCCUCCACGCUCAGAUUUUUAUCCAACAAUUGGUGAUAUCUGUUGUGCGCAAUUCUCAGACGAUGAUCAGUGGUACCGUGCCUCUGUUUUAGCUUAUGCUUCUGAACAGUCUGUACUGGUCGGAUAUGUAGAUUAUGGAAACUUUGAAAUCCUUAGUUUGACAAGACUCUGUCCCAUAACUCCAAAGUUGCUGGAAUUGCCAAUGCAAGCUAUAAAGUGUGUGCUGGCAGGAGUAAAGCCAUCAUUAGGAAUUUGGACUCCAGAAGCUAUUUGUCUGAUGAAAAAAAUUGUGCAGAACAAAAUGAUCACGGUGAAAGUGGCAGACAAGCUGGAAAACAGCUCCCUGGUGGAGCUUGUAGAUGAAUCUGUGAUGCCUCACCUCAGUAUUGCUCAGGCACUCAGAGACGCUGGCUUUGCCGUCUGGGAGACUGGGGUGCUGGCCGAGAAGCCCAGUGUUAUGAAAGAAGCCAGCGUUCCCUUGGGUAUAGAAGCAAAACUAAGUCCAUUGGAGUGGACAUGGGUUGAACUUGCUGUUGACCAAACAGUGGAUGUUGUGGUCUGUAUGAUGUACAGUCCUGGUGAAUUUUAUUGCCAUGUGCUUCAAGAGGAUGCUUUAAAGAAACUCAAUGAUUUGAACAAGUCACUAGCAGAAUAUUGCCAGCAGAAGGUGCCCAGUGAUUUUAAGGCCGAAAUAGGGCGACCAUGUUGUGCUUCUUUUGCAGGUGAUGGUAAUUGGUAUCGUGCUUUAGUCAAGGAAAUCUUAUUGGAUGGAAACAUUAAAGUCCAUUUUGUGGAUUAUGGGAACAUGGAAGAAGUUACUGCAGAUGAACUCCAAAUGAUCCCAUCCAAAUUUUUAAAACUUCCAUUUCAAGGAAUACGGUGCUGGUUAGUAGAUAUACAGCCUAGAAACAAACACUGGACUGAAGAAGCCAUAGCAAGAUUUCAGAUGUGCGUUGCAGGGAUAAAACUCCAGGCCCGAGUGGUUGAAAUCACUGGACAGGGAGUGGGAAUCGAGCUCAUUGAUCUCUCCACUUCUUACCCCAGAAUAAUUAGUGAUGUUCUGAUUGAUGAACAUCUGGUUUUAAAAACUAGUUCGCCACGUAAAGACUUGACAAAUAACAGACCCGUUAGUAAACGUGAUCUUCAAGUUGAUGUCCUGGGGCUUCAAGCCAUCUCUUUAGCUGAACAGUGGAGGACGACAGAAUUGCCAGUUAAUAAAACUGUACAAGCAACCAUAUUAGAAAUCAUAAACCCACACUUGUUUUAUGCUCUACCAAAUGAGAUGCCAGAAGAUCAGGAAAGAUUGUGUAUAUUGACAGCUGAAUUGUUAGAAUAUUGCAAUACUCAGAAAAGCCGAGUGUCUUACAGACCCAAAAUUGGAGAUGCGUGCUGUGCCAAAUACACCAGUGACAACUUCUGGUACCGUGCCAUUGUUCUGGGGGCAUCAGAUGUUGAUGUGAAAGUACUCUAUGCAGACUAUGGAAACAUUGAAACUCUGCCUCUUUCCAGAGUGCAGCCAAUUUCCACCAGGCACCUGGAGCUUCCUUUCCAAAUUAUUAGAUGUUCCCUCGAAGGACUAAUGGAAUUGAAUGGAAGCUGCUCUCAUUUAGUAAUAGAACUACUUAAAAAUUUCAUGUUGAAUCAGAGUGUAAUGCUUUCUGUAAAAGGAAUUAUCAAGAAUGUCCAUACAGUGUCGGUUGAGAAAUGCUCUGAAAAUGGUACUAUCAAUAUAGCUGAAAAGCUGGUGACAUAUGGUCUGGCAAAAAACAUCGCAUCUAAAGAGCAAAGUGCUUUAAGUACAGAAAGGACGUGCAGGAUGAAUUGCUGUUGCACAGCGUUACAGAAACAAGUUGAAAAACACGAACAGAUUCUUCUCUUCCUCUUAAACAAUCCAACCAAUCAAAAUAAAUUUAUUGAAAUGAAAAAAUUGUUAAAAAAAGCAGUCUCUCUCGGAGAUGAACACUUAGAAGAAAGGAGACUGGGACGGCUGGACUUACAGACAGCACAGCAUCUUUUGUCUUUGUUGAUUGGGAAUGUUGUCUCCUGUGCCUCCAUUUUUGUUUGCUUGCUGCUCUUCUGUUAGGUUGGGUAGUUUUAUUUUUCCCUCUGAGUUCUUCCUCCCAAAUAAGUCUUGCAUGAAAGUUUCAUACCACAUUCAUGGGGGAUAUUGGGAAGGGAUACACAGGGGCUUUUGUAUAUAUAAAUUUUUAGGACUUAGAGGUACUGAAGAAAAUAUGGCUCCAUGUUACUAGCAGAUAAAUCUAGUUGAUAGAUGUGUAGGAGUUUUAUUUUUUUGGAUUUUUCUGUAUGUUUGAAAUACUUCAUAAUAAAAUGUGCCCUGCUCUCGCUGUCCUCAUCUGCCUCUUCCACUUAAUAAAUGUUCUUUGUCUUGUCGUUGCUUCAGUCCUGGCUCUUCUUUUCCUGUCCACUCUGAGCUCAUCAGCUUCUUUCUCUCCAUCCUAAAUUGGAUCUCUCUUCCUUUGGCCUUUGGGCACGGGGUCUGUUCUUGGUCUUUCAGCCUCUCCAAGGGGAAGGAACUUUCUGUUUUCUGCUCCUGCCAUCCAUACCCUUCCAAAUCUGUAGCCACUUAGACUUUGUUAUUGUAGGUAGAAUUUACAUUUCUCGAAGUACAAAUACAGUUAACAAUGUAAGUUAAAAAUUGAAGUUAGAGUAUAUAUUUUUCUUGAAGUACAUAAGGUAAUUUUAGUUUCUACUAAGCUCACAUAUGCAGAAUUAUGGACCAGCUGACUUUUCCUGCUAACCUGUAAAUUUCUGUUUGGGAAUUUUCCCAUGAUUUAAGUAUCAGACUCUGAUAAACCUAAGAUGAUGUCACCAACUCAAGAAAUUAAAGACUUUUUUUUUUUUUUUUUGCUUUUACUGGUAACGUGUCAGACAGAUUAAAUGGAAUUUUUCCACAUGGAAAAAGUUGUUCAAACAUUGAUGUGCUUUUAUUGGAUGAAAAUGUAUGCUGCUCAAAAUCCUUUCACUUUUUCAGCCUUGUGUUCUCAUGGCCACUGUUUUGCUAACUUCCUUUUAUCUGUACAUACUAGGAAAACUGGAUGCUUAGUUUGUACAUUCUUAGUUUAA